AUGGCGGGCAACAUCAUCCGGUCGAACGGGCUGACCACGAACCGCUACAAUCAGCUGAGCCACAUCCUGGGCAAGCGCAAGGACCUGCGGGGCCGCGUGCAGCACCAGGCCUACCUCUACCGCGUCAACGCCGACCUCCGCGGCACCAAGAUUAGGCCGCUCCCGGACCCCGUAGUGGUCGGAGCCGAGGGUGAUGCUGCUGCUCCUACUUCUCCUCGCAGCAAGGCCGAGCGGAGGCGGAUCGUCAACAGAGGCCAGCAGGUGAAGACGCCUAGGGCCGGUCCUCCCCCCGACAAGAAGAUGCUGUUCGCCAAGAGCCUCAGAGAGAUCGAAGCUUUGAGGUCCAGGCAGAGGAGGCGCCUGAUGAAGGAGGUGGGGAGCAACGACCUGCCUUCGGGGCUGUGCCGUCCUGAGAUGGGCCGCAUCGCGUCGCCGCGGAUCCGAAAGGAGUGCCAAAGCUUUCCCGUGGCGGCGGAGAGCAUCGUCAAGGCUAACGGGCUCGAACCAGAGGAGUUCAACAGGCUUUCGGCGAGGAGCCGAGCCAACAUGUUGUACCGGUGGCAGGUCCUCCGCUGCGUGCGCAAGCUCGAGAAGCGAGGCCGUGCGUAGUAGGUGGUGGAAGGACGGAGGACCGGCCGCGGGGCGUGAUCUCCAGGAAAGUGUAGUAGCGUGCUCUGGCGAGAGACGAAAGAAAAGGGUGGCUUUGUCGACCUAUCUAAAGAUGGCUUUUGGAUGUGUCCUUCAGUACCUUAUACGGGUGUUGCGUGCGGCGGGGUUUUUGGCAACGGGUUUGAUUUAUGGUCUACGAGGCUGGCAAGUCCUAUCUCAUGUGUAUCUGCGCUCGCAAACAGUGUGUUUUGUGUUCCCCGCUGGUGCCUGUGGGUGUUUCGCGUGUUCUGAGUGAUUUGUUCUUGAAGCAGGACGCUUCGAUUGAGUUUUGCGAAUUGGACAGAUGAAUGCAGUAUGCGAAUUUCAUUAGAAUCUAUUUGCCGUUUCGUGGAUGGAUGUCAUGUACAAUAUCAAAUUUCUGUCUUCUUUUCAUGCCCCUUCUAGGGCAAUUCUGCAUUAUUGUACAUAGGUCAAAGUUAUCAUUCGUUCCCGGGGUACCCUAUGUGGUGGAAUCGUCUGGAACCCCUCAGUUUUUGUGUUGUUUCUGACCAAGGUUUUUUGGAGCACACGUACGAAAUUCGGCGGACGUACGGGAAGGGGUGAAAAGCCUGCUGAAGGUAUAGACUAGUUGAUUGUAGAGUCGUUUCAAGCGUGUUUCGUAAUGUACCGUCAGGUGUGCGUGCAGGCUCACCUCACCUGACCGCGGCAGCCGGUCCGGAAGGGGGUCACGCAACCUGGAUCUAUCUGAAGGUGGCCUGACAUGCCAUGUUGUCCCGAAGGAGGAAGGGUGUCUCGCCCGCCCCUCGCUGUCUCGUACUUGCAAGUAUGUCGUUGGUACCGGUUGUCUGUGUGUGUGUCUUUUUGUUAGCAUCCACCGCGCUAACCGGCUGUCCCAUGAAAAGACGUCAGUCUCGGUGCGGUGGAAAGCUGUGCGUGUGUCU